GUCACGGAGGAAGGUAAUCCGCUGACUCCCGGUCAGUUCUCGAGGGCUCCCGUGUUUCACGCCGGGACUGGACCAAGAGAGAGGUGGAGUCUUUGGGCUUUGAGCUCUAACUCACCCCAUGCCAAUCCCCCUCUCCACACUUUCUGCCUCCUUUCUCGCACCGUACUCGGACGGGAUACACAGCCGCGCAAUGGAGUCGGAAGGCAGCCAAAGUAACCUGUCCUCCUCGGACUCACCGCACGACCCCUGCAAAAUGUUCAUCGGUGGUCUGAGCUGGCAGACUACGCAAGAGGGUUUGAAGGACUACUUCUGCAAGUUUGGCGAAGUGAAAGAGAGUAUGGUGAUGAGAGAUCCAGUUACAAAACGCUCGAGGGGUUUCGGAUUUGUCACAUUUGUUGACCAAGCUGGUGUGGACAAAGUCCUGGCCCAGUCCAGACAUGAGCUGGACUCGAAAACUAUUGACCCGAAAGUUGCCUUCCCGCGACGAGCCCAGCCUAAGUUGGUGACUCGGACAAAGAAAAUCUUUGUUGGAGGUCUGUCGGUGAACACUACUAUUGAAGAUGUAAAGCAGUACUUUGACCAGUUUGGAAAGGUGGAUGAUGCCAUGCUUAUGUUUGACAAAACCACCAACAGGCACAGAGGGUUUGGAUUUGUGACCUUUGAGAAUGAAGAUGUGGUGGAGAAAGUCUGUGAGAUCCACUUUCACGAAAUUAACAACAAGAUGGUGGAGUGUAAGAAAGCCCAGCCCAAGGAAGUGAUGUCACCCACAGGCUCUUCAAGAGGUCGUGCGCGUGUCAUGCCCUAUGGGAUGGACGCCUUCAUGCUUGGCAUAGGAAUGCUGGGUUAUCCAGGGUUCCAGGCAGCAACAUAUGCAAGUCGUAGCUAUACUAGUCUGACCCCAGGAUACACAUAUCAGUUCCCUGAAUUCCACUUAGAGAGGACCCCCCUUCUGACAUCACCCCACCCCUCUGAGCUCACAGCCAUUCCUCUAACGGCGUACAACCCCAUGGCGGCAGCCGCAGCAGCAGCAGCUGUGGUCAGAGGCUCAACUCCUUCUCGCUCAGCUGGGUUUUUAGGUACCAGCAGCCCUGGGCCGAUGGCAGACCUGUAUGGAGCGGCCAAUCAGGAAUCAGCCAUCAGUAGCUAUAUCAGCGCUGCAAGUCCCGCCCCCAGCACUGGAUUCAGCCACAGCCUCGGGGGCCCUCUGAUUGCUACAGCAUUUACUAACGGCUAUCACUGAAAUGAGUGACAGCUGAAAUAGUAUUCAUGCUUCUGACGUCUUCCCUACAUCUUAAGGAAGGAUUUUUGAAGUAUAAUGUGAUCUCAAUCGAAUAUAAUGGAUGCACUCUACGUGCCGCAGGCUUUUAUUAUUUUAUCAAGCUCUCUGACUUUGAAUGGUUUUGGAGGAAAUUAAACAACGUUAAACUGCUGGAAUGUCAGCUGCAACACUAUUAAUGUGAUGUGUCAUAUUUCCUGUUUUAUGAAUUAUAACUAACCUCCUGCUCCUCUUAUAUAGAGCUAAACCUGUAAAUAAUUUGUUCAUUUCUCAGUUUAAAAUGCUAACAACGUAAGUGUAUUUUUUUGUUGUUGUUUUAGUUUAUUUCAUUUUUAUCUCUUGGUUCAAAGUUGUAUCUUUUUUGUUUGUGAUGACAUUGUACAUGUAGGUAUGUAACUGUAGAAAAGCCUUUUCAUUUUAACAGCAUAUGAGCAAUAAUCUGUCAACUUGUGAAUCUUUGUAGUGUAUUUAAAAGACUUAAUCACUUUCAGACACAUUUGGUACAUUUUCUACUGAAGAAUAUACUGUGAUGGGAUGUCAAAAUGUAUAUUUUGCUAGUUUUGCAACUGGAUUUAUUACAUAGAUCAUGAAAAUAGCAGUAAUUAAAAGGAGAACAUACUUGUCAGACUUAGAUAAGACCUUGUUUGUGUAAAAUAUUGUAUAUACUAUCUUUUUGAUCUGGUGAGAUCUAUCGGCUUGAUUAAAAGAGCUUUUUAUGCUCAAGAACGCAAACACAUGAUAUUCUGUGUCCAAAAAUGCCCCCACCCCCUCCACGAUUUUAUUAACUUUUUUUUUUUCUUUUUUUUUGCGACAGAAGGCAAUGUGAAUGAUGCUACUGUUGAGUGAAUGUACUGUGUGUCUAUGUUUGUUCGAGAGUGAAUGUAUGUCUGAUGCUGUCAUGAUCAAAUGUAUUAUCUUCAGUAAGAUGAUUUAAAAUGUGAAUUGUAACCCCUAUAUCCAUGCUGUUACGUUGCUUUUACCAAGUUUAUAUCUAUAAUGCAAUUCCUUUAAUCUCUUUUAGAGGUUUAAAGUGUUGUAAUAAUUGGAAUAUGAAUGUCCUUCAAUUAACUGAAGAUUCUGGUACUGGUGAAAAAAAAAGUAGCAACACUAAUAUAAAGCGUUUAUGAAGUAAACAGGAUGGCUGUUAUUAAGUGAAAGUUUUAAUGUUUCUUGUUUGAAGCUUAAAUAAAAAAAUAAUAAAAGUAAA